UAUGAAAACACCAAAACAAAGCAUGAGGAGCAGAUAAGAUGGAGGCAGAAGACGAUGACGACACAGCAGCUGGAGGACAGACUGAAGUUGCGUCUGUAUUUCCAUCUGUAACAAAUGACAAAGCUGAGGAGUUAGAGGACAGUGCAGCUGAAACAAAGUGUGGUCCAGUGAAUGAACUCAGUGAAGCUGAACACUCAGAGAGAAAAGAUGAAAGAACAACGAUAGAAGAGUCUGAAAUCACAUCUGAAGAAGCAUCUGCAUCAGAUGAGAAAGGAUAUGACCAUUCAGCAGGAGAGGUUGAUGAAGUUAAAGAAGUCCACAAUGAAAGCAGCAGUGACAGUGAUCAGACUGCAGAAGAGAGCAACACACUGGAGUGCACAAGUCAGAGUGAUGAAAGUGAAAUGACGCCCGAGCUCACACUUGUGUUAGUUGGUGAAACAAAUUCCAUUGAGAUUGGAUCAAAAAACAUCUUAUUUGACCAUGACGAGCAAACAAAUGUUGAACAGUUUUCAUCCAAACUGUAUGAUUUGUGUGGUCGGCACAUAUCUGUCAUUAACAUGCUUGGUCUUCAAAGCAUUGACAAAUUCUCAUUAAACAGAGGAAUCCAUGCCUUUCUCUUACUGUUACCAAAUGGUCUGCAUAGCAGCCAGUACAGUUCAGGAGUGCAGUGGUUAGAAAAAGCUUUUGGGAAAGAAUCACUUGCUUAUUUAAUGACAGUUGUGACUCAUAAGUCAGAUGAAACAUGUGAAAGUGCAGUGACAGACCUGAAAGCCAACAGCAGUUUCACUGAAAAAAGAUACCACACAUGUCAAAACAGCAUGAUGGAUGGAAAUGAGAUAAUAGCUCUGUUGGAAAAAAUAGAUGUGAUGGUCUCUGAAAAUGAUCCACACUGCUACAGUGGACUGAUGUGUGAUGACACUAAAGAGCAGAAAGACCAGCUGGAUCACAAAUACCAGGAAGAAGAAAGCAUUGAUUCCUCUGAGUCUCAGCAAAAUCCAACAGAUGAGUUGGAUAAGAAUGAAUCUGAAAUCAAGAUAAAGUGUGAUCCACUAAAUGAACCAGAUGAUAUUGAACACUCAGAGAAGAAGGAUGACAGCACAACAUCAGGUGGAUACCUUCACAUCAAGUCUCUAACAGCAUCUGCAGAUGAUAAAGGUACCUUACAUACAGAUGUGGAUGGAAACAAGGAUGAGAUGUCAGAGAAGACUUUUGAAGAGAUCAACAUGAAGGAGCAAUAUCAAAGAGAAAGUGAAACACUGCUCAGCAGACUUCAUCUUCAAGACAAAUAUGAACAAAAGCUUACACCAGCUGAUUUUCUUAGAAUAAAUCGAUCUGUAAAACAGCAACAUGAUACAUCCGAGAAAGAUUUAGCUCACACUUUUCUUCAGAGGUUGAUGAUGUUAGACUACAGAGCCAGAUAUAUUCCUGUAAAACAAGACAGUCCUGAGGGGAGACACUCAGAGCCACAGAAUACAAUAACAGAAGAAGAUGACUUUGAUGUUAUUUUUAGUACCAGUGUAGAGUCUGAUCAGCCAAAACGGUCUCAUGUUCAUCCAAUGGAUGUUCAAAUGGCAGUAUUUCACUGCUCAGACAGCUCUCUGAAGCAGAACAUGAUUACAAAGCUCUCCCAGUGUCAGUACGCCUUACCUUUGCUUGUUCCUGACCCAGUCACAAUGGACAUUGAGUGUCCUCUGUGGACAUUCAGACAAAUAAGAAAAAGCUGGAAGAUAACACAAACCAAAGAGGAUUCAAACAUUGUCACCAUGAAGAGUAUGCCCAUUUACAAAGCUGAGACGCCCAUGGUGUCAUUUUUCCGUCUUGGUUCACUGUCACUGUCUAAAUCUCAGCUGAUGAACACUUUGAUCAACGACCGUCACAGCACCUUCUUCCACAGAAACUGUCCAGGAAGCACCAAAUCUCGCCAUUUGAUGGACGGUGUGGCAGAGAUUACCUGGUACUGCCCUGCUGGAAAACCCAAUGAUGCCUUCACUGACUGCAUUGCCUUCUGUAAUCUUCAUGGUGACGCUCUGACGAUUGAAAAACAGCGUGAAAUACUGAUGGAAAAAUCUUCAGUCAAUGUUGUUCUGUUACCAACUCUAGAGAGAGGUGACAAAAGUUGGACAGUUGUCUCAGCCCUUCUUAACUCUCCGAAACCUUUCAUUUGCCUUAUUAUUGAUAAUGAUCGUGGUGCAGUUGAGAUGAAAGAGGGAAAAUACAAAAUGGGUCUGAAAGACAAAAGCCAGUCAGAUGUUUGUGAAGAACUGAAAGGAAUCAUUGGAAAAAUCUUGUCUGGACCACAUACAUCCUUCCAGCUAGAAACCAUGGCUGAGGUUUCUGGAAUCAGAGUGGAUGAAGAUGACACAGUCUGCCGAAACGGAAAAAAUGCUGCUAUGAAAAUAGUGGAUUUACUUAAAGGAAUGGAUGUUUCAAAGAUCAAAGAUAAAUAUCUCCCUUGUCAAGGCCAACUGUGGCAUGACUGGUGCAAAAUAAACAAGGAACAGUAUCACCUCAAAGGGAACAUUGAGAAGGAGAAAUGUAAAAAACAACAGAAAUUGGAGAAAAUACGUCAAGAACAAUGUUCUGCUUCCUGUAGUGAACUAAUGAAGUUGUUCAUUGAAAGCCUCUCAUCUCUGCCAUCAAAACAAAAAGAAUAUUGUCUGAAAUGGAUUCAGAUCUUACUGGAUGCACUCUCCACAGAUGAUCUGUCCUCAAUUCUCCAAAACUAUGAUGAGAAGUGGUCUGAAGUCUUGACUUUGAAGAAGAAGCAUGAUAAAUCUGAUCAGCUAAUAAGUAAGCAAACUGAGCUUGAGGAAAUAUCAGAAAAACUGCAGUCAGCUACUUUUGGCUUAGAGCACAUCUUUAGAGAAAUUGGACAGAUCUAUGAAGCCCAUAAAUCUCUGCAGGAACAAACAGAGAUGGAAGAGACUGACUGGUCUAAAUACCCUGAGCUGGCUGCAGAGCUGAUGAUAUCAGGACACCCAAUGGAGCUGAUGGAUGGUGAUGCAGGUCAUGUGCCUUUAACGUGGAUCUCUAGUCUUUUAGAUGAAGUCAUCAAGAAACUGGGCAACAAGAGAGUUUUUGUUCUGUCAGUUUUGGGCGUACAAAGCAGUGGAAAAUCCACCAUGCUGAAUGCCAUGUUUGGAUUACAGUUUGCAGUAAGUGCUGGCAGGUGCACCAAGGGUGCCUUCAUGCAGCUGGUCAAAGUGUCAGAGGAGAAAAAGAAAGACUUUGAGUUUGACUAUGUUCUAGUGGUGGACACUGAAGGACUGCGUGCUCUUGAGCUGGCAGGUAACGCCACUCUUCACCACGACAAUGAACUGGCAACAUUUGUCGUUGGUCUGGGAAACAUGACAUUGAUCAACAUCUUUGGAGAGAAUCCAGCUGACAUGCAAGAUGUACUGCAGAUUGUUGUUCAGGCUUUCAUGAGGAUGAAGAAAGUUAAACUUUCUCCAAGUUGUGUGUUUGUUCACCAGAAUGUUUCAGAUAUUGGAGCUGCAGAGAAAAACAUGGAUGGAAAGAGACGACUGCAAGAAAAACUGGACAAGAUGGCCAAACUGGCUGCCAAAGAGGAGGUUUAUGAUGCUUAAUGCUUCAAUGAUGUCAUUUCAUUUGAUGUGCAGAAAGAUGUAAAAUACUUUGCCCAACUGUGGGAGGGAAGUCCACCCAUGGCUCCUCCAAAUCCAGGUUAUAGUGAGAGUGUCCAGGAUUUAAAGAACAUCAUCCUCUCUAAAGCUUCACAGUCUACUGGGACGACUCUCUCACAGUUCAAAAGCAAAAUAAAGGACCUGUGGAAUGCUCUACUGAAUGAAAACUUUGUUUUCAGUUUCAAAAACACACUUGAAAUUGCAGUGUACAGAAAACUUGAGGUCCAAUAUGGGAACUGGACCUGGGCCCUGAGGAGCCACAUGUUGACCAUUGAGAACCAGCUUCAUACCAAAAUUGAAAAUAGAAAACUUGACAAUGUUAAGCUUAAUUAUCUUUUUAAAGAAAUGAGCAAAACAUAUGGAGAAUUACAAAAAGAUAUGACGGAGUACUUCGAUGAUGAAAAACACAAAGAAAUGUUGGUUCAGUGGCGAGGCCGAUUUGAAAGCAAAAUCAAAGAGUUUCAUGAUGAACAGGUGAGAGGAGUUAAAAUAAAACUGGAUGAGGUCAUCCAGCAGAAGAAUGCUCGUAAAAAGAUGGAUGACAAGAAGACAGAGUUUGAAAACAAGCUGCUACAAAAGAGCAAAGAGCUCGCUCAUCAGUUAAAAGACAAGGCCAAAGAUGAAGAGGAACUCCAAAAGCAGUUCAACAGUGUUUGGAGUGUCUGGGUUACUGAAUUAACUGGAGACACAAAACCUAUUGAGGAUAUCAAGUUGGAAGAGGAACAAAUGUCCAUCCUUCAGGAGCUUGGUAUUGAUUGGUCUCUUAUUGAUGAUUCAAAGAGCUGUGAAAACUACAAAGACAUAUCAAAGAUUGGGGAUUAUUAUGAGUAUGUAACCCUGAACAAGCACCAAGAGCUCUGCAACAAAAGCCAACAACCCCAAGACAAUAAGAGGCAAAACAGGAACACAAAAGGUCAAGGAAGCCUGACAACUGCAUGGGUGUCUUUUAAGAACUUUUGGGUAUUUGGGUCAACACAACAAAAAGAAACACUGAAAUCAAGAGAAAAUUUUCCAGUUGAAGAACAAAAACUAAUCAGAUCCCUCAUUGAUGAUGUUGAAAAACAGUCUCUUCUUAACAUUAAGAGCAAACCUGUAGUUACAAGAGGCUACAGUCCAACUUACUUGCAAGAAGUUGCAAAAAAUGUUAAAGAAAAAGUGACAGAGUUUGAAUUAGAGAGGAAAUAUGCUCUGAAGAAGGAGUUUACAGUUGAUCUGUUACUGUAUGUGUUUGACAAGGCAGGAAGUUGGAUUUCAAAGUCCCACAAUAAAUUUAAAGUGAACAAUGAUGCUGUAACUUUUGUAAAAAGCAAAAAAACACAAUAUUACAACAUUUUCAGAAGUUUCUGCAAAGGAAACUCAUCUGCUGCUGUGCUUGGAGAACUGAUCUGUGAAAAACUGAAGGUUUCCACUGUUGAAGCUGUCUGUAACAGAACUGCCAUUGAUCUCGCUGGAGAAAUGAAGUGCAGUUUCCCAGUAUUCAAUGGGAACAGGUCGCUCUUGGAGAAACAUGUGUUGAAGUCACUGGCAGAGAAAGAAGAUUUUGAUGGUUUCAUCAACUACAUCCAUUGCCCAAGGGACCAAGUAGAGUGUUUCAUAAAAGAGGAAGUAGAGAAAUACAUCUUCACUGACAACAAAGCUAAAGCAAAGAAAAUACUCAAGAAAAAUGUUGAAGACGUCAAUAACCUUGUGAAUAAAGCUUUGUUCACUGCAACAGAGAAAGUCAAAACUUGGAGAGGAAACACAGACAUGUGGCUGAAGGAAUUUUCCAAUUUACUAAAAGAAAAUGAUACGCUAACAUUUGACACCAUUUGUUCUGAAAAUUUCAGUGACAUAAGUGAAUUUGACUUUCUUAAGGAAGAGAUUGAGAAAGGACUUCCAUCCAUCAUUAAAGAGUUGAACAGCCUCUCAUUGGAUAAGAUGAAGGAAUUCAGGCUGAAGCCAGAUCAAAUCCUCAUUGAUCAGCUGUGUAACUGCUGCUGGGUAACAUGUCCAUUUUGUGCAGCUGUUUGUACAAACACCCUGGAAAAUCACAGUCCUGAAGAUCACAGUGUGCCUUUUCACCGAUCAGGUGCAGUCAAUGGUAUGCACUACAGACACACAGAUGAGAUGGGCAUUGAUUUCUGCACAACCCAGGUUGCAAGUGAUAUGUUUUUUUACAUUCGCCUUGAUCCAGAUGAGACCAUUCCCUUUAAAAAGUACCGAACUGGUGGCCCAAAUUAUGCUAACUGGAGUAUUACCCCUGAUGAGUCUAAGCUGUCGUACUGGAAAUGGUUUGUGUGUCAAUUUCAAAAGCAGCUGGAAGACCACUAUAACUUAAAAUUUGAGGGCAGAGGUGAAAUUCCCAGUGAGUGGAAAAUGUACUCCAAAGAAGAAGCUAUUAAAAGUCUGGAUUAAUUGUGCCAGUGAGCCAACACAACACAACUACAACCCUGCUGAAAAUUAUGAUAAUGUUUUUUUUUCAUCAACCAACGUAAUACAAAACAGUGUUUUCAGAUUUAUGCAGAUUUUUGUAACUGAAAGGUGAAACUGACAGUGACAAAGAAGAUGUUGACUUGACUUUUAUACAGACAUUGAUACAGGCUUGAAGUAAACACAUAAACAAAAAGGGUACAAAAACACAAUAGUCAUAAUUCACAUCUACAAGGUUGGUUACAUCUUUAGUGAGAAAUGUGGAAAUGACAGUUGUUUCCAUGCAAAGAAAGGGCAUUUAGAAGAUGUGUUUCGGAGCAAUAACGGGUUAAAGGGGAAAUAAGACAGUAUUGUUGCAUUAUUGAUUUACAGGAUGCACAAAUGUGUUUAAAUGUUAUCAACACAACAUUGUCAGUAAUUAUGUAAUAUUACUUUUUAAAAAUGUUUGCAAUAUAAAAAUCUGAUCAAGGAGUCAUGAUUGACAUUACCACAACCAUUUUCCAUUUAUAUAUUUCAACUUCUUUUUUUAAAUAUUUCAAUUGUUUAUUGGUUUUAUGCUGAUAUGGGCCUCAAUCAUAGACUGUAUAUAAGACGUUUACUGAGGUUAGAAAUCAAGUGAGAAGUUGGUGAAUUCUCCAUUUACUUGUAUAGAGACGGAAGUCCUUUUGACGCCAAAACGGUCGCCCCCUG